ACCAACUCGUCCCACGCCUUCCGCAACAGGUGGUGACAUUGGUCGAAGACGUACUGCUUCAUCCACCUAAAGACGGUAAAUACGAAGCAAUGAAGCAGUUGAUCCUAAAGGAGUCGCAACCCAGCGCUCGUGCUCGAUUGGAGCAACUCUUUCAUAGCACUAAGCUAGGCGAUCGCAAGCCUUCGGUUUUGCUCCGCGAUAUUCAGCAGAUUGCUGGCCCUUCGUACAUGAGUGAAGAAGCAUUAAAAGAACUGUGGCUCUCACGCUUACCUGAUCCUCUUCCUUUAAUGCUCGUAGCAUAUCCAAAUAGAUCACUCAAAGAGUUGGCAAUAACCGCGGACGCAGCCUUUGAGAGAAUCCCUCAAAACAUGAAGGCAUCCAGCAGCAUUUUCGUCACAUUAGCGGAUAAAGACUUGAAUGCAAAAGCGCCCGCGCAAGCAGACCCCAGAGACGAAGAGAUAGCCGCGCUUCGCCGUGAAUUAGCAACCGUGCAGUUAGAAAGACAAGGCUUGCUAAGACCGCACGCUGACCACGAAAUUGCCGCCGUUCGUCACGGUGCCUAUCAGCCCCGACCCCCACCGUACAGAUCCAGGUCACCGCGCAGACGCAGUCCAUCACCCCCUCGCAGCCGAACCCGAAGUGCCAAUUUAAUGGAUGAUUUGUGUUGGUAUCAUCGCCAGUAUGGUGAUAACGCUCGACGUUGCCGUUCACCCUGCGCCAAGCGUGGUGUAGUGGCACAGGGAAACUAGUUCGCCGGCACGUGAAUGCGGCCCACGCGUCCGGCAGCGACAAAACAGGCCGUCUGUUUUACGUCAAGGAUAGGCGCUCCCGCCUCACUUUCCUUAUCGACACAGGAGCCGAAGUGAGCGUUAUCCCUGCCAGCGCGCAUGACAAGCAUACAAAGCCCACGUACAAUUUACGGGCAGCCAACGGCUCGCCGAUAGCUUCAUACGGUCAGCGCAUGAUGAACCUAGAUUUAAAUCUCCGCAGAGACUUUCACUGGGUUUUCACGGUUGCGUCAGUACCUUUCGCAAUUAUCGGCAUCGAUUUUCUUCGCCAUUUCGGAUUGCUUGUCGACGCGGGUCGCAACAGAAUUUUAGAUGAUCAUACGAAACUAAGGGUUGAUGGUGUCCUUUCAGAUGCCCCGAUAAUCAGCCCUGUAUUUCGGAUCGCAGACGCACCGUCCGACUACUUGAGCCUCCUCUCCGAACACCCGCGACUGGUUCGACCGGCUGCAGAGCUUCCACCAGUCACGACAGAGGUCGCUCACCACAUAGUUACGCGCGGUCAACCAGUUAACGCACGACCAAGACGGCUUGCUCCAGACAAACUACGGGCAGCACGAGCCGAAUUUGACCACAUGCUUCAACUUGGUAUCGUCAGACCGUCCAACAGCCCAUGGGCGUCGCCUCUGCACAUGGUCCCGAAGAAGGUCAUGGGGGACUGGCGUCCUUGCGGCGACUACCGAUCCUUGAAUACGGUGACCACGCCCGAUCGCUAUCCGAUCCCACACAUAGUGGAUCUCACCGCCAGUCUGGCGGGUAAAAGUAUCUUC